UUCAUGGAAAAUUCGAAUGUCAACUGUCAAAGUGUCAUGAACUUAAAAACAGAACGUGGGAUGUACUAAAAAAUUAACCAAAAUCAACUUUUAGAACGGUUAUUUGCGAAAAGAAGUUGGUUUAAAAGUAUUUUUCGCUUUUCGCAAUAGUUACGUAAGACAAUUUAGCAUAAUGCCUAAAGCUACAAAGUUACAUAGCAAGGGCAAGCCAAACUCUAUUCAAAAGUCUUGCAAACCAGACAAGGAAGGCACUGAUGGCGGACACCCUGAAGAUUCCAUUAGAGAGUUCCAAUUGCAACUGUGUUGGUGCAUUCAGCAGUUAGAAAAGACCUUAGCUGACAAAAAAGGAAACGAAAAACAAUUACAAGAAGCUUGGAAAGUUUUAACAGUUCUGAAGAAUAAUAACCAGCCAAUGAUAAGAAAAAGACAAUUAAUGCGAACCCACUUUGGCGACUACAGAGCAAAAAUGGCAGCGGAAGAAAAGAAAUUGGCCAAAAUGGCGAGCAAAAUAAAGAUAUCCGAAAGCCCUGUUCAGCCAAAAGCUACCUUUUUACGAAAGUCGGCUCUCUUAACCAGUGGGGAUAGCUCUUUUACAUUCAAUUUUGCUAUACCAAAGGAUAAAACGGACGAUAAAAUUAUUGACCAAAAUAAAAGUUGUGAUUCUGUAGUAAAUAAUAUAACUAGUAACAUUGAUUCAUCCAGUACAAGUGUUGCCGCUGAUGAAAAUAAAGAAUCCAAACUAAAAACUGAUCGUAAAAAUAGUGCUACAUUUUCCGCUUCGGGUUCCGAAUUCAAAUUCAACUUUAAAGUAGAUGAUGCUUAAAUUAAAAAAAGAAGUGUAAAAAUAAUUUCUACAAAUAAUGUUAUUAUAAGCUUAGUGUUUUUUUUUAAUAUAAUAGCAAUAAUAAUGUUCGGACUACCAUAAAUUGGUGUAACUUUGUUUUUAAAUGUGACUUAACAUUGAUAGACAAAUCAAUUUUUUUUUAAUUCCAAUCACAAUAAGAUGGUUUAUUGUGUACACAGAAAAGCAAUGUUACCCCAAUUUAGUCUAAUUGUAAGAACCUAAGGAAAUAAAUUUUUAUAAUAUUA